CAGCAAGAGCAAGAGUCAGAGCGGCCGUCCCCGUGCUGAGGUAAACACGGCAGACCGCUGGGCCGCGCCACGCAUGGUAAUCAUCACUGCCCAGCCCCCAGAGCCAGUGGAGGCGACGUGACAAGCGGUGCCAGGGGUGUGUGUGCUGCCAGGGGCCCAACAGGGUGUGUGUGUGUGAGCGAGCCCCUGCCGUCCUCCUGAAGACAAGAUGCUGAAGGAGUACAGGAUCUGCAUGCCCAUGACCGUGGACGAGUAUCAUAUCGGUCAGCUGUACAUGAUUGCACGCCACAGCCUGGAGCAGAGCAGUGGUGGGGAGGGGGUGGAGGUGGUGGAAAACACAGCCCACACCGACCCUGUCCACGGCAAGGGCCAGUACACAGAGAAACGCAUCCAUCUUUCAUCAAAGCUGCCCACAUGGAUUCAAGCAUAUUGCCCCAGAUUCAUUUACCUCACGGAGCGAGCGUGGAAUUACUACCCUUACACAGAAACAGAAUAUACAUGCUCAGUCAUCCCGAGGUUUUCCAUCAAAAUCCGCACCCGCUAUGAAAACAACAACGGCUCAUCGGAAAAUUGUCUGGAGAUGAAGGAGGAGGAGCUUCAGCAGAGGAUUGUUGACAGGGUGGACAUUCUCACCGACCCCGUGGAUGAAAAGCAUUAUAAGGAGGAUGAGGACCCGUCUUUGUUCAGGUCCAAGAAGACUGGCCGGGGUCCCCUCGAGAAAGGUUGGGACAAGUGUUGUGAUGUGAUUAUGUGCUCAUACAAGCUGGUUGACGUGUCUUUCCAAGUGUUUGGACUACAGACUAAAGUGGAGGAGUUUGUGCACCGUGCCAUCCGGAACAUCUUGCUGCUGGGCCAUCGUCAAGCCUUUGCCUGGAUUGAUGAGUGGUAUGGGAUGACCCUGGAGGACGUGAGGGACUAUGAGACUGGGAUGCAGGAGAAGACCAAUGAGAAGGUCCGGCUAGCUCAAAAGAAAGAGGAUGAGGGCAACAGGUCACCCGGGUCUCAGGAAGGGAAGGAAGGGGAGGAGGAGGAGGGUCAAGAUCUCCAAGAGUCAAGAAACCAAAGUAAGAAGAAUUCCAUAUCUUCUCAAGGCAGUGAAUCCAGCCAGUCCCAGAAAAGUGGAUACCUCGCCUCCUGGUUCAAGUGGUCCUAGUUAUAAUCAGUGAGACCAACUCUUAUUGCACAGUAUACAUAUGUAAUGUAAUAUAUGCAUUAUUUUUAUAAUCAGAUUUUGAAUUUAGCCAUUUGUAUUUGCCCAAGAAUUCUUAAGAUGAGAGUAAUAUAGUAAUAUAAGUGGCUCAGAUCAUAUUUAUUUAUUUAACUUAAAACCAGAGGAAGUUUUACUAUCCAUACUGUUUGUUUUAACACUACAGCUUGAUUUUAUUGAAUAACGUUAAGGUUUUAAGUUGAGAUAUUAAAUAUUAGGGAUCUUUGCUGUACUGUAUUCUAAAAGUCAGUUCAUGGCAAACUUGGAGGCAGUAAGAGCUGCAAGAUUGAUUGUGUGGCCUCAUGAACCUGGGAGCCUGAAUGCUGUGUGAAUGGAUCUGUGGGCCAUAUUAUCACUGGGUUGUUUACUUAACAAAUAGCUUUACUUGUUGUGAGACUGGACUUUAUUAUUUUCUUGAGUGCUGGAAAUGGUCUUGAAGAUGAACUAUGUCUCUUACCUUAGAUUUCAGCCAACAGUGGACAGUAUGUAUAAAAACUAAGACUUUAUGCAAACAAGAACUCUUGAAGCAAAAUAACACAGGGUUGCUUAUGACCAGUUUAUUGUGGUGUUAUUAGGGAAGCAAUCAUAAACAAACAGGGUCAUCUAUUGCCUUUGUAUGACUGGUUCUUCCCUAGGCAUGUAUAGGUUCAUUUUGUCUUCAUGAAGGUGUCAGGCAGUAACUGAUUUCAUGGUGCUAGUGGUUAAUGAGUCGUUCACUAACAACCUUGCAUCAACUCUUCCAUCUAGUAAGGAAGAGGUUUGUAUCCUUUGUGCUACUCACCUAAGACUUGGAUCUCAUCAUACCAUAAAUGCAAUGCAACAUAUGUGCUAGUGUGUAAUAAUGACCCCACUGAAUACCUGGCAGGGAAUGUGUGGGGAAAAAUAAGACUAUGCCAAUUUUGAUGUUAAAUGGUUUGCUUAUGUGAUUAUGUGUUUAGAUUAGGUGGAUGUUGAUUGCUGAGAUUAAUUGGUGUCGUGCAAAUAUGCAUGUUGAAUGUAAGUGUGAAAAUGUCCAUAACUUGUUCUGUGGAGAGAAAAAUAGAAUCACCAACCACCUACCUUGCCUGGUUAAUCUCAGUUAAGUUCAUCGAAACUUCCACACAAACUGAAAGUGGUGCCUACUAAUAUAUGCAGAGAAAAUUCUGCCUUAAAUGAUUCUGGGGGUAACACAUGUUUCUCUGUCUCUGUCUGCCUCUGUCUUUCUUUUUGUCUGUCUCUUUCUGUCUGUCUUUCUUUCUCUGUCUGUGUCUAUGUCUUUCUCUCCAUCUGUCUGUCUGUCUCUCUGUCUCUCUCUCUCUCUCUCUCUCUUUUUUAUUUAAACUGACAAUUUGUAGUACACAACAUAUUUGUUAUUGUCGACGACACUUUAUGCGAUCGUUCGUAACGAGAAGCAUAUGUUUCACUGUGCACUUUUCAGGGCUUAAAAUGUCACUUUUUCUUGAGCAUUGUUUCAAAAGCCCUUUACACUUGUUCACUGUGUAUUUAGCAUCACUAGUAGUGUGGUGCAUGUUUUUCACCACCUGUGAGCAGCCACUUUUACCUGCUGGGUGGACAUUUCCCUCACUGUUGGCCCUGCCGCCGUGAACGUGUUCCACAGGCGGGACACCCUGGAGGUGAAGGUCCUCUGGUGCUGGCUGGCGCGUGACCUUGGCACUCCGACCUGCUCGUGGCUGGAGAGUACUGUUCACGUAUCUCUCAGAGCCUCUCGCGGGGGAAGCCUCAGCCUCGCCAGGUGUGGUACUCCUUGUACCUGGGCCUUGUGGAACACCACCAGCGCAACGACGUCCCAGCGGUGCUCCAGAGUGUCUAGAUGUAUAAUAUCCUGAGGGGGCGGCUGGGGGUUGUUCUCCUGUAACAGUCACUGCACCCGUCGCUCCACCUUGUCCAGUCUCUGCAGGUGUGUGGCAGCGCCGGACAUCCAGGUCAGAGCCCCGUACUCCAGGUAGGAUCUUACCUGGGCCUUGUAAAGGAGCAUAAUUCCUCGCUUGUCGAGGAAAUUAUCCACUCUACGAAGGGCAGAGACACGUAGGGUGGCUUGGUGGGCGACGUGUUUCAGGUGGCGGUCGAAGCGCAGCUCUCGGUCCAAGUCCACUCCGAGGAUCCUGACGUAAUCCUGGAGCGGGAGGGUGACGGAGCCAAAUAUCACCCAGGUCUCUUUUAAGGGAGGGCCAGUCAGCUCUGUCCCACAGCCAGAUGGUGUGGGAAGUGGCCUCAUCCCGCGCCACGCCCACGUCUGCUCGGGUCAGGAUGGCGUGGUGGUCAGAGCUGCCAACCGGCCCAAGCUGUUGGCACAUGACCCUGCCCUCUCCCAGGUCCGAGAUAACGGGGUCCAGCGUCCCGCCUCGCUCAUGGGUUGGGAAGGUGACAUGAUCUGUCAGACCCUGCACCGUCAGGAGAUUCUCGUAGGCGGCUCCCUCCAUGUGCUGGUUUAAGUCGCCCACGAUUAGGACGUGCCUGCAGCGAUGGCGAGUCAGCAGGUCAUCCAUUUGCUCCGUCAGAAAAUCCAGGGGGGCAGGCCCUUGCCUUGGGGGGCGGUACAUGGCACACAGGAGGAGGGCAGUGCCAUCUGCCAGAAUUACUUUGAGAAACACCGCCUCUGUCGUGGGUGGUGUCUCUACUUCAAGUCUCUGGGCCUGCACUCCUUCCUUGAGGCACACUGCCACACCGCCGCCUUGUCUUCCCUGCUGGUCUCUCCUGAUCCAGUGGGUGUAGCCUGGAAUCCUGCCAAAGGAUAACUCCACCUCACUGUUGGCAAUUUGUGGGUGAUUCUGCUCCAACUCAGAGGUUUCGAUCUGUUCAAAGAGACAUAGAGUUUUUGCUAUUGCGACUUUUUGAUUCAGGAGAAGCUUUUUCUCCUCCCUGUAUCUUGUUAUGAUUAGUUUCUGCCUCUGAGUCUCUUGCUGGAGCUGAACAAGAUGCCUUGCGAGCUCCUCCUUGCUGGAGGAAGCGAUGAGAUGCUGUACGAUGUUUUCUGGCUCUUCCACCUGCACGUCUUGUUCGCCUUGUUCGUCUACCAAGCAGACUGCCAGGAAAUCCACUGGUGGCAAGGCGCCCCGCAAGCAGCUGGCCACCAAGGCCGCUCGCAAGUCGGCCCUGGCCACUGGAGGAGUCAAGAAGCCUCAUCGCUACAGGCCCGGGACCGUGGCCCUUUGUGAGAUCCUCCGCUACCAGAAGAGCACUGAGCUGCUCAUCAGGAAGCUGCCCUUCCAGCGUCUGGUGCGCGAGAUCGCCCAGGAUUUCAAGACCGAUCUCCGCUUCCAGUCCUCUGCCGUCAUGGCUCUGCAGGAAGCCUCCGAGGCCUACCUCGUCGGUCUCUUCGAGGACACCAACCUCUGCACCAUCCACGCCAAGCAUGUCACCAUCAUGCCAAAGGACAUCCAGCUGGCCUGUCGCAUUCGCGGGGAGCGUGCCUAAGCGCGUUGCCUGUCUGAGUACAAUCUGCUCUCUCUGUCUCUCUCUCUCCUCUCUCUCCUCUCUCUCUCUCUCUCUCCUCUCUCUCUCUCUCUCUCUCUCUCUCUCUCUCUCUCUCUCUCUCUCUCUCAUACACAGGUGUUUCACAUGAUUAAUAAUUAUCAUUGUCAUUUUAAUGAUUUUUCCCAUACAUAUAUGUAUUUUUGUACAGAUGAUUCCACCAUAUGGAGGAAAGCUUAUAUUUUAGCUCAAACAAAGAGUCUUUUCUCUGAUUAAGAAUAAGUGGAUUGUUGUAUAAUGCACAUAUAUAGUUAUUUUUAUAAAGACAGGGACUUGGGAGUAUUCAGUGCAUCUUUUUAGUAAUUGUGCUUUAUGUAGUGAAUUUCUGGACUUUGUAUCUAACAGGAAGGUUACAAUCAAAUUAAAGUGUGUGUACUCAUGUUUUUAUGAUACAGAGCCAUAUUACAUAUUGCUGACUGUGCUUGUUAGUAGUAGUCUAUGGACUGGCUUAGGAUUAGGAAGUGUGAUUGUAUGUUUUUAACCUUCUGCCUCCCUGGCCAGCCUGCUAUUGGUAACAUAUCAUUUUGACACUCUGGUUCUCAACUCAUUGCAAUCCAGAAAUCAACAUCCAGUAAAUAUAACAAUAAAGACAAUUUCCUUUUUCAGUAAUAAUGGAAAAUACAUAGUAGACAUUUUGGUUUGAAAGGUGUUUCUGACAAGUGGAAUUUUGAGGAAUCCAAUUAGACCGCUAACAUUUUGCAUUGAAACAUUUUUACACACACAGUUUUGAGGUUAAGGAAGAACAAUUAACAUUUUGGAGUGAAACAUGAAUAAUUCACAUCCUAAUUCAUAUCCUAAACAUUAAUGAUGGACCAGCAGCUGAGCACCCCUGGUCUACGUAGCUGGCAGAUGGGACAUGUUCGGUGGGUAUUCCAGCUGUGUGAAAAGUUUUGUCUUUUACUGAUGUUUAUGUUAAUUUAUAGUGGAUGGCUGUUAUGUGGAAACUUUAGGUGUUAUAUUUGUUUCAGGAAGUGUAUUCUGUUUGGGAGAUCAAUGCAGUUCACAAAUUUAAGUUAUUAACACUCAUUAAAUGGUUGUCAAAUG